AUGCGGUGUUCCCUCGUUUGCCCUCGUACGCCCGUCCAUCAAACACACACCCGCCUUAAUCAUCCCUCCGAUCUCCUCCCAAAUCCGACCAUCUCUAGCGCCGAUAAUCUCCCCUCACCUCCUCCCAUCGUCGAUGUCGCACAGCAUCGCCGCCCCCAUCGUCGAUCUCAUACACACGAGUUUCUCACAACUUCUGAUAUCGACUCCUACCACCAAGGUCAGACCUCCGAAGCCAAUCUCCAACAACACCACCUUCUUCAGUGCUGGUAUCCUCCCUCGACAGCGCCGACGACCGCCACUGAACCUCCAUCACGCACUAGGUUUGUUUUUCUCUAA